CUCCACGCCUACGUGUUCUCCUCCCGCCACCCUCGCUCUGCUCAUUUCCCUUCUCCCUACACACAUAAACAUGCCUUCCGCAUCUCGGAUCCCAUACAUAGAGAAUUCAAGAAUUUCAUAAAAAUUCGGAAAAAAGGUUUCAGCUUUCACUUUCAACAAUGUUGUAAGUUUUACGACUUUUAGGAAAUUGGAAACAUGUCUAGUGGGAGAACGAUGGAUAAUAACAGGAGAAACCCACCUGGGAUUUUGCUAAUUAGGAGUAUCAGGGGAAAAGAUUGGAGUAUAACCACAUACAGGUACGUUGUUUUGUUGGUUACAUUCAUAGCUUAUACAGCUUACCAUGCUUCUAGAAAACCCAGUAGUAUAGUAAAGAGUGUUCUGGACCCAGACCCCAGUGCUAAUUCAACCGGAUUUAGUCCGUGGCCCGUUGGCGAUGUCUUCAUCGAGAGGGAGCGGAUGGUGACCAGUAGUAGCUUAGACGAGAUUGACUUGAAGAAAGGCAAGGGUUGGGCUCCGUUUAAUCGGAAGGAUGGGACUUCGAAAUUGGGCGAGAUUGAUGUGGCAUUUCUUGCUUGUUAUUCGAUUGGAAUGUAUGUGGCAGGGCAUUUGGGUGACAAAUUGGACCUCCGUAUAUUCCUGACUACUGGAAUGGUUGGCAGUGGGAUAUUUGUAGGGUUAUUUGGAAUGGGUUACUUUCUGGAUGUUCAUGUUUUUGGGUUUUAUUUGGUGAUGCAAAUGGUUGCUGGUUUGUUCCAAGCCACUGGUUGGCCUUCAGUUGUCGCUGUUAUUGGGAAUUGGUUCGGCAAGAGGAAGAGAGGAUUGAUAAUGGGUGUUUGGAAUGCUCACACUUCAAUUGGAAAUAUUACUGGAUCGUUGCUUGCUGCUAGUGUUUUGCAGUAUGGGUGGGGAUGGUCUUUUAUACUUCCUGGUGCAUUUAUUUUCCUAAGCGGGAUAAUAGUAUAUCUGUUCUUGGCUGCUUACCCUGAAGAUGUUGGAUUCCCUGUUGUAGAUGGUACACCUGUGAAGGUUGUAACUCUACCCCAAGAUGAGGAAGCCCAGAAAUUAAAAGAGCACUUGGCUGGAAAUGGGCAGCACAGUGACCACAAGAGAACUUCUGGAAGUAAGAAAAGUAUUGGACUCCUCGAGGCUUGUUUAAUACCUGGAGUUAUUCCAUUUGCACUCUGUCUCUUCUUUGCAAAGAUGGUUGCAUACACAUUCCUGUAUUGGUUGCCAUUCUACCUUAGUCAGACUGCUAUUGAGGGACAGUAUAUGUCAGUGAAGUCUGCAGGAAAUCUCUCUACUCUAUUUGACGUUGGAGGAAUAAUUGGAGGAGUGCUUGCUGGUUAUAUAUCUGAUAAACUCAGAGCUCGAGCUACUACGGCUGCUAGCUUCAUGUAUAUUGCAAUCCCUUCUAUGCUUUUGUACCGCAGAUAUGGAAGCAUGUCAAAAGUCACCAACAUUGUUCUUAUGAUGAUAACUGGCCUACUUGUAAAUGGGCCGUAUGCACUUAUAACAACUGCAGUCUCUGCUGACCUUGGUACUCACAGUUCUUUAAAAGGUGAUUCUCGAGCAUUGGCGACGGUUACAGCCAUCAUUGACGGUACUGGAUCUAUUGGUGCCGCUAUAGGUCCUCUUUUGACUGGAAUUCUUUCAUCAAUGAGUUGGGAUGCGGUUUUCUCUAUGCUGAUAAUUGGUGCUUCUGCUGCUGGACUGCUAUUGACUCAUUUGGUUGUGAUUGAAAUAAAAGAAAAAUUCUCCAAACAAUCAUCCAAUGAGCAAAAUAAUCUUGCAGGUUCGGCAUCGCAGCCCCUUUUAAGUGAUCAAAAUGAAUGAUUAUACAUUUUUGCGGCAUCAAAAUCUUCACACGAGGACAAUCAAGAGAUUGUUAUUUUGGAGUUAGUUGCUAGAAAAGCAAUUUCUAGAAUUUACAGUAGUAAGAACUUUUGCAGUGGUCUGUUAUAGAAGUGGUGACUUCUGCAAAUACAAAUAGUUUUGUGACCUGAUGCAUACGAAAGUUUCAUUACUGCCACUACUUAUUUUCUGCUGUCUUAACACUAAUCCUUAUCAUCUACCGUAGGCACAGAUAAACUGGCUCCUAUUUGCUUAUGUUGUUUUUGUAUUCACAUCCAUGAAUAAGUUCUUGUUUCUUGCAUUAUUCUAUGUUCUGUUUUCAUUUUCCUUCUCGAAUUAUUGGAUUUUGCCAUACAGACAUUUCACCCUUUU